CCUGUCCCUGCGGCGUUGCCGCUCGCGCUGCGCGGAGUCUGCGGGGCGUUGAGGUACCGGCGGGCGGGUGUCGCAGGGCGUGUCACGAGGUGCGUCGGGAGGCGAGGACGAGGGAGGAGCCGUCGCUCGGCCCCCCCGCGGUCGGCAGGGCUCCCCGAGAAGAUGGCGGACCGCGCGGACAUGUUCUCUCUCUCCACCUUCCACUCGCUGUCGCCGCCAGGCUGCAGGCCUCCCCAGGACAUAAGCCUGGAAGAAUUUGACGAUGAAGACCUCUCUGAGAUCACCGAUGACUGUGGUCUGGGCCUCAGCUAUGACUCGGAUCACUGCGAGAAGUCAUUGUUGCACUCUGGCCCAGCUCUGCCCUGUCCCUCCUUCCUGCAGGACAGCCUCUCUCUGGGGCGUUCGGAGCAGCCGCACCCCAUCUGCUCCUUCCAGGAUGACUUCCAGGAGUUUGAGAUGAUCGAUGACAAUGAAGAGGAGGAGGAGGAGGAGGAGGAGGAUGAGGAGGAGGAGGAGGAGGAAGAAGAGGAGGAAGGAGAAGGAGAGGACAAGGAGGGAGGUGGCCCUGGCUCAGAGGCCCCUGCCAGGGAGCCCCUGAUCCCCUCCCCCUCCCCCUCCCUGGAGGAGCCCCACAAGCACCGGCCCACCACCCUCCACCUGACUACAAUGGGAGCCCAGGACUCCCUGAACAACAAUGGAGGCUUUGCCCCAGUGCUUCCAGCCUCCUGGCAGGAGACGGUGCUGCGCUCACCCCCCCAGGAGCCCCUCAGAGAGCCGUUGGCCCCCCUCCCGCCCACAGACGGGAGCUCCAGCGGGGCACAGUCGCCUGUGCCCCCAGGUUGCGACUGUGAAGGGAACCAGCCUGCGGGGCCCCCGGCGCCAGAUGGGGCCUCGCCCUCCUCAGAUCCCGGCAUCGAGGCGGACCUGGGGAGCCGCUCCAGCGGGGGCCAUGGGGGCCGGCGCAGCAGCCAAGAGCUGUCGUCCCCGGGCUCCGACUCGGAGGACGCGGCGGGCGCGCGCCUGGGGCGCAUGAUUUCGUCCAUCUCCGAGACGGAGCUGGAGUUGAGCAGUGAUGGCGGCAGCAGCAGCAGCAGCGGCCGCUCCUCGCACCUCACCAACUCCAUCGAGGAGGCCUCGUCGCCUGCCUCGGAGCCCGAGCCCGAGCCCGAGCCCGAGCCCGCGCGCGAGCCCCUGCGCCGCCCCGCCUUCCUGGCCGUGGGCCCCGACGACACCAACAGCGAGUACGAGUCGGGGUCUGAGUCGGAGCCAGACCUCAGCGAGGACGCCGACUCGCCCUGGCUGCUCAGCAACCUGGUGAGCCGCAUGAUCUCCGAGGGCUCCUCGCCCAUCCGCUGCCCUGGCCAGUGCCUGUCCCCCGUGCCACGUCCUUUGGGGGAGCCCGCGUCGCCGGCCGGCGGGGCCCCCGAGGCACCUGUGGGGUCUGGUGGCGUGGAGCUGGUGGACAUGGAGACGCUGUGCGGGCCGCCGCCCCCCGCGCCCUCAGCACCCAGGCCCGGCCCGGCGCAGCCCGGGCCCUGCCUGUUCCUCAGCAACCCCACGUGCGACACCAUCACGCCUCUGUGGGCGGCUCCGGGCCGCGCCGCCCGCCCCGGCCGCUCCUGCUCCGCCGCCUGCUCCGAGGAAGAGGAGGACGAGGACGAAGAGGAGGACGAGGACGAAGCCGAGGACAAGGUGGGGCCCCCCGGGAGCAGGGGCGCGGGCCCCGCGGCGCCGUUGGACGCCUCGCUGGUGUACGACGCGGUCAAGUACACGCUGGUGGUGGACGAGCACACGCAGCUGGAGCUGGUGAGCCUGCGGCGCUGCGCCGGCCUGGGCGACGACAGCGAGGAGGACAGUGGCGGCGAGACGAGCGAGGAAGAGACUGGGGCUGCACUGCUAGGCAACGGUCAGGGCCCCGGGGACGCCUCCCCAGACAGCCCUGACCUCACCUUCUCCAAGAAGUUCCUCAAUGUCUUUGUCAACAGCACCUCUCGAUCUUCCAGCACCGAGUCCUUUGGCCUUUUUUCCUGCCUGGUCAACGGGGAGGAGAGAGAGCAAACCCAUCGGGCUGUCUUCAGGUUCAUCCCUCGCCAUCCUGAUGAGCUGGAGCUGGAUGUGGACGACCCUGUGCUAGUGGAGGCCGAGGAGGACGACUUCUGGUUCCGUGGCUUCAACAUGCGCACGGGCGAGCGUGGGGUCUUCCCUGCCUUCUAUGCCCACGCAGUGCCCGGCCCUGCCAAGGACCUGCUGGGGAGCAAGCGGAGUCCCUGCUGGGUGGAGCGAUUCGAUGUGCAAUUCCUGGGCUCCGUGGAGGUGCCCUGUCACCAGGGCAACGGCAUCCUGUGCGCAGCCAUGCAGAAGAUUGCCACUGCUCGGAAGCUGACCGUCCACCUGCGUCCUCCUGCCUCCUGUGACCUGGAGAUUUCUCUUCGGGGCGUCAAGCUGAGUCUAAGCGGAGGACCGGAGUUCCAGCACUGCAGCCACUUCUUCCAGAUGAAGAACAUCUCGUUCUGCGGCUGCCACCCCCGUAACAGCUGGGGCAGACUCUGGAGGAGGGACAUGGAGGCAGGUGGCGCUGGCUCGGGAGAAGGAAGGUGCGGCUGGACACCCCUGUUGUGGAGGAGUUCACACAGACCACUGACUCCUCAGAGCUAUUUCGGCUUCAUCACCAAACACCCUCUGCUGAGCCGCUUUGCCUGCCACGUCUUUGUCUCCCAGGAAUCCAUGAGGCCCGUGGCCCAGAGUGUGGGCCGCGCGUUCCUGGAGUACUACCAGGAACACCUGGAGUACGCCUGCCCCACAGAGGACAUCUACCUGGAGUAGCUGCCCGUCGCCCUCCUGCUCCAGGUGCACCUGGAGUUCACCUGCCCCACAGAGGACAUCUACCUGGAGUAGCCGCCGCUCUCCUGCUCCAGGUGCAGCUGGGCUGGGGGUGUCUCAAGAGGCCACCGUGGCUUUGGCAAGGACUGGAUUGGGGGCACGUGGACCUGCUGUCCAGGGAGUCUCUGGGGCUGUGCUGGGGACUCUCCUCCUCGUUCCCAGGGGCUGUGGGAGCGUGGAGCCCGCCCCUCCCCCUUUCCCUCAGAUCCCUUCUUUCUCUUCCCCUUGACCUCCCUCCUCUCUCCUCAUGUCUGUCUCUGUCCCUCUCUGUGCCUGCAAACUCUCAUCCUCUGCUCUUUACUUUGGGGUCAGAACUGGGAGCGGGGUAUGGAGGAUGGCGAGGCUCCAGGUGACCAGUGACAUCAGGCUCCCAGCUGAUCCCCUCCUGCCCCUCCCCUGUGAUUUAUAAAGGAAUUUUAAUUUUUAUAGUGAAUCUCAAGGGAUCAUCCCAUCCUUGACCACAAGGACAAAGAGAGGGACCCCCAUACCACCCUGCACGGAGCUCAGGGGAAAGCAGGGAGGGGCUCCCCAGAAGGGCCUUGGGGGAGACUUAGGAGUAGUUCUUGAUGCUCACCCCAGGCCCCCAGAUGCUGCUAGGAGGAGGGCGCCCCGCCCCAGGUCCCGGCCACACCAGCAUCUGCUUUGCCGCUGCAAACACUCCCCGCAGUCCAGCACCUCAAUAAACUCUCUGCUUGGUGUGA